AGUGUACUACGUACUAUUCUACAUUCUACUUGUCUACUUGUCUCUCUUUCCUCCUGUUCUUUUCAUCCGUCCAUCCAAAAAGGGCCAGAAACUUCUCGGUCGCAUCAUCGCGUUCAGCUUCAGCCAUGGCGGCCUAGCCUAAUUAAUUCAAAAGUCAAAACCCUAAAUCCCAACCCAUCAAUUUUCCUCUCUCUUCACUUUACCAAUCCAAAUGGCCUCUAGACUCGCCCUCCGCUUCAGAUCCCAUCUCCUCCGCACCGCCUCCCUCCUUCAAACCUUGCCGCCGCCGCCCCUCUCCCUCCACCGCCUCCUCUCCACUUCCCGCCGCGCGCCUCCGCGCUCCAAAAAAUCAGUCGACAUCGGCGCGCGCGCGCGUCAGCUCCAGACGCGGCGCCUCUGGACCUACGCGCUCACCUUCGGCGGCCUCGCGGGCUUCGUCGUGAUCGUCCUCAACAACUUCCAAGACCAGCUCGUCUUCUACGUCACCCCAACCGAAGCCCUCGAAAAAUACGCCACCAACCCCACAAAAGCGCGGUUCCGGUUGGGAGGCCUUGUUCUCGAAGGCAGCGUGGUUUACCCGGCGUCGUCGCCUGAGGUGGAGUUCGUCGUCACCGAUCUCAUCUCCGACAUGGUGGUACGGUACGAGGGAUCGUUGCCGGAUUUGUUCAGGGAAGGGCACUCUGUGGUUGUGGAAGGGCUCGUGAAACCGUUUACGGAGGAGAUCAGGAAGGAGGUGUCGGUGAAGAACGUUUCCGAGAAGGCGAGGAAGAUAGAGUGCUAUUUUUCGGCUACCGAGGUUCUCGCCAAGCAUGAUGAGAAGUACAUGCCUAAAGAAGUUGCUGCUGCUAUUGAGAAGAAUAAGAAGAUUAUUGAGGAUGCUGCCACUGCCACCGUGGCCGCCGCCGCCACCGCGGAGGGACCGAAGACACCAUAGAUCGAUGGUCAUGGUCGUGGUGUUAAUCAGUUUUGAAAUUACUUACAGAUACAGUGUUAUGAUUUUUUUGAUGGAUGUUGAUUAUUUAACUAUAGGAUGAGAUUACUAUUAUUUUUGAGUAAUAAUUAGGAUGAACACGGGAGAGCAGAGGGAAUUUUUUUAAAACUGAGGCAAUUGUUUCUUGUUGUUGUAAUUCAUUAAUGUGGGAGGAUAUUUCUUAAUAAAAUGUUUAAUCGAAUGAUAAUGUAGCUCUGUUAUACUUUGCUCUGGAAUGGGGUUUAAAGUUGGGCACAUUGACUUGCUAUGGUUUAAAGCUGGUAAUGGAUUUUUGAUUUCUUGUCUC